AUGCAGGCCCCAAGCCCCAAACAACUAUAUAAAUCCUUUCUUAUAAACCUCCCUCGUUUGCGAAUUUUACAAAGUUUGGGUGAUUGGUACUACUUUUUAGGAAUUCGAGGGUGGUGGAUACACAAUAACAUCUUUGAUACACAUGGUUCAUCUGAGGAUUUGCUACAUUCAAAUGCAAACAGUUCCAAGGGGCUAGUUAUUGAAGAGAUAGAUUCUGAUGAUGAAGGAGAAGGAGAAGAAGGGCAAAACGGUAAUUCUGGGGUUGUUACGGAUGACAAACCCCACAGAGUUGCCACAUCUAGCAAAGAUCCCCUUAUAGAACAUCCUGAUGAUGAAGUUACAUAUGGUGGUAUAAAUGGAGCAUACUACACUGCAACAACAACCAGAAAAUCAAACAAUGAUGGAGUGGUACUUGAAGACACCAAAGAAGCUGAUAAAACAACAGGUCAAGCAACACAUAGAAUUUCUAAAGGAAUACAUGACAAGGGUCACUCUGUCACUAGGAAACUUGGUACAGAUGGGGAAGUGCAGACCUUACAUAACCUUAACCAAGAUGAGUUGGCUAGUUUUGAAGAAGAAUGGGAAGGUAAUGCUGACAUGCACAUCCCUGAUUGGAACGAAGAAUUCAACUCUUUUGGGAAGCCAAGGUUUGGUAGCAUGGGACCAUUUGGGUUGGCGCUUGAGGCAGCGGGUGGCUCCCAGAGAAGUGGGAGGUUGAGGAGUGAAAAUCAAGAGCAGACAAGUUCUUCUAGAAGCCAACCUAAAAAGGUUGUUAGAAUCAACAUAGAUUGAGUUGAACUCAUUAUAGUUUGGCCAAUAUGGGUUAUAGUUAUACAUGUAUUUUUUGGUAAAUGUUGUUAUACUUCAUUGAAUACGUCGUAUGAUUUGAGUUUGUGUGUUGUGGCAAUAGUGGUCGAAAAUAAAGGUAUUGUAUUUGGUC